AUGGCCCUAAGUAAUAUGCCUUUCACCGGACUCUACGACGAGAGGGGUACGGCUUGCCCGGCUUCACUUAUCCAUUGUUCUGUUGAGGUGUCAAUACAUGGACUUCGAAACCUUGUAUCCCUGGGGUUCUUGUUCCAGAAUACAUCCCGGAACGACUUUGCAGAUGCGGUGUUCCAUUGUCGUCUCGCCGAAGACUCUUCUGUAACUUUCAUCGAUUGUAGUGUCGAAAAGUGUACCGACAAAUUGAUAUCGGGGGAUCCCGAAGAGCGACUCGAGCCUAGAAAAUGUUCGAAUAUAUUACAUUUCGGCUCGUUCUUCCAGUGUAACGUUGGGCGUGUGGAGGCUGGAAAGGACGCGGUCAUAUUUAUUCGCUACAUUUAUGAAACAGUUGUCGAAGAAAACGCUGUCCACCUCUCCGUUCCUCUUCCUUCGUCCCUAAAGGGGGGAAUGGUGACAAGAGCUCAUGAGAUGUAUCCAGUGGAAAACGCAGCGAUAUUUUCAUUCAACGUUGAGUCGGCUAUGCCUGGCCAGAUCCUGGAUGUGCGUUCCGAUUCACACUCGAUAAGCACGGAUAUCGAAUUAAAUACAGCGACUAUCGAAGUUAAUGAGCCAGUUGUUCCAGGAAACGACGAUUUCCAGCUCACCUUCUUUACCGAGAAUUUCUCAGAUAACGAUUCUGAAUCGGAGGGAGGGUUUACAGAUUUUAGCGAGUGUUUCCAGAAUGAUGGGACAGAUGUAUCGGAGUGUCACACCCCGAGUUACCAGGACUACGAAUCUCGGAGCUGCACGACAGGAAUAACAUGGUGUGACGUUGAAGACGACGACGAUGAUGAUCACUUUGCGGGGCGGUCGUUCCUUUUUACCGAAAGCGAUAAUGGAAGUAAUUACGGUGAUCAGGAGGAUGAAGACAUGGAGGAAGGCGAGGUGUAUGGGGCCGAAGGAACUCAUGUGUACAGGUAUGGAGAGGAGGACGGGGCCGACAACGAAGGGGGAGGGGGGGAGGGGGAGGGGGAGGGAGAGGAGAUCUUCUACGACUGCUUAGAGAGCGUUCCGUCGAUGGAGUUAGUUGCAGACUGGACAAGAAUUCGAGAUUCUAUGGAUUCCUAUGUAUCCUCUCGGUUUACCUGGUACGACGACUCGGAUCCCGAGGACUCAAACGAAGUCUUUUACUCUGAAGGGGAACUUUCGGAUGGACCUCAUACACCUCGUUUAACCGUUGGAACCUUCUACGAUUCCUCUGUGGAGACCGCCCAAGCCGUAUCACCAACCCGGGCAGCUGUCGUUAACAUCCCCCGACGAGCUUCAGCAACCUCAUCCUCAACCAAAUCAAUGCUUCUAACACCCCCAUCAACACCACAAUAUUCUCCGCACAAUACCUCGCCCUUCAAGCUGCAACAGAGACAGCUAGCACCAGUAGAUCCCCGCACUCUCGUCUAUGAACUCGAUGAUCAGCUCCGAAACUCGUCGAGUAUGUUUCUAGAGCUCAAUGAGUCCUUCUCCAGGACAAUAGGCAUUCCACUUUCGACCCUUCAGCAACACGAACAAUCCAUCAUGCUCCCAGACAUCCGCAAAUGGGCCCGCAACGGCAUCUGGGCCAGCUUAAUUGCACUCCAAUACCUCGAAUUCAGCGGCUGCAGAGAGCUAGCCGCAAAAGAUCCAGACUUUGCUGAAGACUACGGGUUUUUACGAUUCUCGCUAAAUGGGCCCCUGCUGCGUACUGAGGAUUGGGUACAAUCCAGGACUGAGGAACUGGCCUUAUCGGACUUGAGCAAAGUUGCUCGAGAGCUGUUUUCGCAAUAA